AUGGCCGCAGGCUUCGUCCAGGCCGGUCUCAUCUGGCUAGCUUACGCAGUCGCCGUUUUGCUGUGUCUCGCCGCCGCGAUUGUCACGACGUUCACCUGGCAGACUCCUAUAGACCGCUCGGCGAUGGUGAGCAUUGUUGCCAUCAUCAGUCUAACCUCUCUUCUCGCGACUGUCUUGCUUCUACCUGUCGAUAUCGCUCUCGUCUCCUCUACUGGAUCCUCUGCUCUGGGUGUCAAGAAGGAUUGGGCCACGCCGCAGCGAGUCGCAGAUAUCCUCUUGACUCUCAAGAUUGUUUACUAUUCGCUGUACAGCUUCGACGCCCUAUUGUGCCUCUUAGUCAUUCCCUUCGCAUACUUUUGGUAUGAGGAAUACGAUGAGGUCGCCUUUGAGGAGGAGGGUCGCACAUGGAAGAGCCGCUUUUGGGCGGCUAUCAAGUAUACGCUGAUUUUUGUUGCCCUCACCGUCGUACUCUUCCUCCUGGGAUUCUUCGUUCCUGCGGCUGGUGGUAACAAGGGUCAUUGGGAUCUGGACUACUACAAGUCGCUGCUGUCCCAGAAUCAUGGCGAGAAGGCGCUUACGUUUGCCCUCGGCCUUUUGGUGACGCUUGGGACGUUCCUCUACGUCGUUUACACCAGUGCCGGACUUGCUCUUAUGCCCAUUUCUUUAAUCAAGUCGGCUCCCCCAAUCUCAGCUCCACAGCUCUCGGCAACGACAGCUUCUCAGCUCGAACAAAACCGAGAACGUCAGCGCCAGCUUGAGUUGCGCAACGCCGGCCGUGAAGAGGGAAUGUCACGCAAGGAUAGGCGGGAGUUGGAUGCUCUAAUCAGAGAGGAGCAAACUCUCGUCCGGCGCGAGCGCCUCGCUGCUGAGGCCCAGGGCGAAGGCAAGAGCCGAGUCUAUCAGAUUUGGCUCAAGCUAUGUGCACUCUUCAGACCAGUCAAGAUGCUUGGCGGGAUUCUGUUGCUGAUCUUUGCCAUUGUCAUCUGGGUAUCCAUGUUCAUCACAGGCAUCGAUAAGGCAAAGAACUCUGUCUGCAAGCAGCGAUGUGGAUACAUUCUUGGUCAAGUUCACGUUUUCCAGCCCAUGAACUGGAUUUUCUUGCAGGCUGCCAAGGCUUUCCCCGUGGAUUACAUUUUGAUGGCCUUUCUGGUCCUUAUUCUCUUCAGCAGCUCCAUCUCCGGUAUUGCCGCAGUUGGAAUACGCUUCCUCUGGAUCCGCAUCUUUCAGAUUCGCAGAGGUAGAACGGCCCCGCAAGCCCUUCUCAUCGCAACGGUCAUGUUAUCACUCAUCACUUUGGCCAUCAAUUAUGCGGUCGCCAUGUUUGUGGCACCUCAGUAUUCGUUUUACGGGACGCAAACGUUUUGUACGAAUGAGCCCGCAUAUCCCGGUGCUCAGCCUGACUGCAGACACCACCCCGAGUUGGUUCAACCUUGUUCUGAUACCCUCGAGUACAAACACGCCAAAGACGUCUGUACACCAUCUAUGAUGUCUACUCUCUUAAAUCGCAUUACCAUCACAUGGCCACUGUUUGGCAUCAUUGAUUUCUGGGCUCAAUAUUUUUUCAUGGCCAUUUUCUUCCUUGUCUUUAUUACGGCGCUGGUACGUGCCCCAAGAGUCAAUCUUGCCGAGAUUGAUGAGUUUGCCGAGGCCGACGAAGAGGAAAGCCUGCUCGCCUCAACCAGCCGCCGAUUCGACGCGAGUUGGCAAGAUGUCAGGGGGCAGCCAAGAAGGGCAAGGCAGGGGCCACAGCUGAUUCGAGGUGGACGACCGCAAAUUGGUUAA